ACCACCAAAUGGAUCAGCUUUUACCUCUUUUGUUCAUACUGCUCAUGCUUUCAUCAGGGGCAAAAGUGUAUGAAUGUGCAAGAACCUUCACCAUUAUAAACAAUUGCAAGGAUACUAUCUGGCCUGGAAUUAUCCCUGGUGAAAGCUUUAAUGGUGGAGGUCUUGAAUUAAAAUCACACCAAUCUAUCGUCUUUGACGCCCCGGUUGGCUGGAGUGGCCGCAUAUGGGGUCGAACUGGUUGCAAGUUCGACGACAAUGGAAAUGGUCCAUGCCAAACAGGGGACUGUGGCCAAACCCUUAAGUGCGGAGUUGCCGGCAAAACCCCGGUAUCACUCGCUGAGUUUACACUUGCUACUCUUGAUUUUUACGAUGUUAGCCUCGUUGACGGAUUCAAUCUGCCACUAUCCGUUACACCGAUAAACGGUAAGGGAAAUUGUUCCACUGCUGGAUGUAACUCUGACGUCAGGCAUAAUUGCCCUUCCGAACUCGCUGUCAAGGCCAAAGGGAAGGUUAUAGCUUGCCGAAGCGCAUGCGACGUGUUUGACACCGACGAAUAUUGUUGCCGAGGGACAUAUGGAAACCCUUCAACUUGUCGACCUACAUAUUAUUCCAACAUUUUCAAGUCUGCAUGCCCUACUUCCUAUAGUUAUGCAUAUGAUGAUCCUACUAGUAUUUUCACUUGUUCUGGUGCAGAUUAUGUCAUCACCUUCUGCUCAACCAGGAAUCAACCAGUAUGCACAUAUCAUGAUCACAAGCUUGUUUGCAAGAACAAAGCAAAUGGUUUAAACCCAUCGGUAGGAAGAUGGUGGGCAACUCUACUUGCACCACUCUUGAUGGCUAAUCUCAGGUUCCUUUUAUAAGGAAAAAAUCAUUCUUUGUUUUAGAAAUAGGACCAUCUUUUUUUCUCUCCAACAUGGCAAAGCAUGUAUGGUUGUAUCCUGAUUUUUCUUUUCAUUUGAAUAUUAAUUCAUUUCAAGUCUCUUAUUGUAAA